GGGGCUGAUGACAAACAACCACUCCCCCGAGGGUUGAGGUUACUGUAGGUCAACAGCAGCAUCGGCACUGUGUGUGUGUGUGUGUGUGUGUGUGUGUGUGUGUGUGUGUGUGUGUGUGUGUGUGUGUGUGUGUGUGUGUGCGUCCGCAUGUGUGUGCGCGUCUAAGGGAGCAAUCAGAAUCAUGACCCAGGCCUAAAAAACAUUUGGCUCUCAGAGACGGCAAAGAAUUUCACUUCGACGACAAAGGGGGAAUACCAGACCAGCACCGACCACUCUCCAGGCUUAGAGACACUGCUCACACCUCUGACCAGAGACAAGAGAGAAAGAAAAUAAGAGGGAGGGGAGCGGUGAGAGCCAAAAGAACAUAGAGGCCCAGGCCAUGGAUAUUUCAGUCAGCAUGGACACCGAGAAUGGGACAGACUGGGAGUGUCUGUCUGACUGGGAGGCUAUCCCUCAGCCACAAGACGAUGAGAUCCAGGCCGAGGCCCAGGCCCAGUGGGAGACCUGGGACUGGGAGUCAGAGAGGGUCCCAGCCGUAUUGAGUCCCACGUAUAAGCAACGCAAUGAGGACUUCAGAAAACUCUUCAAGCAGCUACCCGACUCAGAACGCCUCAUUGUGGACUACUCCUGUGCCCUGCAAAGAGAUAUCCCCUGCUGCAGGGGCGCUCUACGUCUCGAAAAAUUGAUCUGUUUCAUAGCAACAUCUUCCGCUGGGAAACGCUGGUAUGGACUUUGGUAUCUUACCAACAGGUUACUCUGUCCCUUACUGCCCCAAUCUUACGUUCUCUCUCUGGCUUCGACGGUGCGGUUGAAGGAUAUCUGCAGCAUGACCAAGGAGAAGACGGCCCGCCUCAUUCCCAACGCUAUCCAGCUGUGCACUGACAACGACAAG